AUGGCUCAGAUGACAAUUGACCCACAAGGUGAGAAAAUUGAAUCUUUUGCACUGUUGAGUGGUCACAAGAUUCCUUCUAUUGGUUUGGGCACAUGGAGAGCUCAAAAUGCGAGGGACUCUGUUUUUACUGCUAUUCUUGAGGCUGGCUACAGGCAUGUUGACACAGCGGACGAGUACGGCGUCCAAGAUGAGGUUGGUCAUGGAAUUAAGGCAGCUAUACAUGCAGGAGUAGAGAGAUCAGCCUUGUUUGUCACGUCUAAACUAUGGUGUUCUGAUCUGUCACCGGAGAGAGUUCGGCCUGCAUUGAUGAAGACACUUAAUGAACUGCAACUGGAUUAUCUUGAUCUCUAUCUGAUUCAUUGGCCCUUCCGUCUGAAGGACGGAGCGAGCAGACCUCCAAAAGCAGGGGAAGUGUCCGACUUCGAUUGGGAAGGCGUUUGGAGAGAAAUGGAGAAGUUAGUGACAGAUAAACUAGUACGAGAUAUUGGAGUAUGUAAUUUCACAGUCAAGAAACUUAAUAAGCUCUUAGAUAUUGCACAGACAAUGCCUUCUGUAUGCCAGAUGGAGAUGCACCCUGGAUGGAGAAAUGAAAAAAUGUUGGAGGCUUGCAAGAAGAAUAACAUUCACGUCACCGCAUAUUAGCCCCUGGGUUCUCGAGAAAUUGAUCUUGUUCAUCAUCCUGUAGUAGAAAGAGUAGCAGGAAAGCUAAAUAAAACUCCAGGUCAGGUGCUUGUGAGGUGGUUUAUACAAAGAGGAACGAGUACAAUCCCGAAAUCUGAUCACUCAGAAAGAAUCAAAUAGAACGUUAAAGUGUUCUCAUGGGAAAUUCCAGAGAUAGACUUCAAAGCUAUUUCUGAUAUCCCAGAUCAGAUGCGCGUACUAGAUGGAGAAGAAUUGUUCGUGAACAAGAGUGAUGGACCUUACAGGAGCGUAGCAGAUAUUUGGGACCACGAAAUCUAA